ACGCUGGUGAAAUUUCAAGGCAGCUGGAGCCACAGCUCUUCAUUCUGCUGCCUGGCAGGACUGAGCCUGGCUGAUCAGGGAAAGAGCCCUGGCUCGAAAUUGCAGCCAAGCUGUGAAAAAACAAGUUUCAAUGGAAAUAUCUUCACUAGAAACAUCCUUGUCUUCUGACUGGGAAGAGCCAGCUUGGUGGGAGGCCUCAGCUUCUAACAACCAUCCAGGAGGUGAUAUGGGAGCACGUUCAGGUGCUGCCACAAGACCCCUCACAAAAGAAAAUGACCUUCAAGUUUUGCCUGAUAAAUCCUGGAUCCCCAUCAUGCAAUCUUGUUUCUCAGAUAUCUCUGCUAAAACCAACCCUUCUUCAGCCCGCUCUUUCCUCAUGCGCCUCUGGAAGACAGUUGGAAGCCAUCACUUCAAAUCAGUCUGGUGGGCUGAUGAUGGAAACUGCAUUGUCAUUGCAGAAAAGCUCUUCAGAAAGGAAGUGCUGGGAAGAAGUGGACCCCAGAAGAUUUUUGAAACCAAGUCCAUGAGCGGCUUCAUUCUCCAGCUUAAUCUCCAUGGCUUCUGCAGAAUGGAAGGGGAUUCUCUAAUAACCACUUCCAUUGAGGAGCUGCAAGAGUUAGCAGAAGCAGGGUCUUGCCAGGGCAAGCUGUUCUUCUACUACAACCCCUUUUUUAAGAGAGACUACCCCAACCUCUUAAAGAUAUUUACAGAAAGUGCUGGCAAAAGAGAGAGAGUCCCCGCUGCAUCUUCUCUGGGCCCCAGGAUGAGGGGAAACUGCAAAAGAAACCAACAACCUGGUGCUCAGUCAGCGGAAGGUGCCACAGAGGCGAACAGCACCCAGAUAUCUGCAGCUACCAGUUCCACACCAGGCCUAUGCCAGUGGAAAUGAAAAGAAGAAUUCUUGGUACUCGUAGAUGUGAAUUCUCAAGAAAAUAUGCAGAAGUGACAACAAUAUAUACAAAAAAUAACU